AUGCUUGAGAAGAAUCCGAAACAAUGGCAUGAGAAGCUGUCAGAAACUCUGUGGGCAUAUAGAACUUCAAAAAGAGAAGCGACUGGCAUGACUCCCUAUGCGUUAACCUACGGUCAUGAUGCAAUUCUGCCUAUGGAGAUAGCUGUUCAGUCCCUCAGAAUUGCUCACCAACAUGACUUAGAAGGAGAAAACUACUCCCAGGCUAUGCUGCUGGAACUGGAAGGAUUGGAUGCAGGCAGAAUAGACACUCUCAACAAACUCCUGGCAGGAAAACAGGCUGUAUCAAGGGCCUACAACAAGAGAGUCAGGGACAAGAGUUUUGAAGAAGGGGAGAUAGUCUGGAAGGCAGUUCUGCCCCUCGGAACCCAUGUGGCUGGUUAUGGAAAAUGGUCGCCUACAUGGGAAGGCCCUUUCAUAAUCAACCAGAUCCUCGGAAUGGGGGCAUACAGGUUGCAGGAUAGGGAUGGAGAAGUUCAUACGGCCCCAAUCAAUGGCAAAUGGUUAAAAAAGUUUUAUCCAACCAUGUGGGAUGCGCAGGCUGUACAAACAGACCCCGGGAUAGACACAAGAUUACACUAG